UCUUUCCUGUGAAUGUACAGUAUUUCAUCGCUUCACAAGGAUCAGGAGAGCGCAGCAUCCCAAACUGAACAGAGCUGGAAUAAACCACAAAGGGGCCAUUGUUUGAGUCAAAUGAGUAAACAAGUCAAAUGAGUGAAAGUACUUCAUUUGUUCGACUCUUCGUGGGGUUUCUCCUCAGUGCGACAGGUUUCUGCUGUCCCAUUGAGUUGAUCCCCUCCAGUGUUGUGGUGAAAUAUGAAGACCCGGUGUCAAUCAACUGCAGCACAUUGGACCCCCAGCACAAAGGAAUGGGCUGGGAGGCACCGCAUGGAGGGACGACAGUACUGCAGGUUCCUGCUUUGACCUGGGCUUUAGCGAAUGUAACAGACUGGAAUCCUACUCCUGAAUGCUUCAUUAAUCCAUCACCAGAGUUUGGUAAACAGUGCAGCAAAGUCCCAGAUAUUAUUGUUUACACAUUUCCAGAGACAAUUGAUAUCAGCUCUAGUGGUAGCUCUGAUGGUGUGGUGAGAGAGGGAGAGACAUACAGCCUAACAUGUGAAAUAAAGCGUGUGGCACCCCUUCAGAGGCUUACUAUGAGAUGGUACAAAGACGACACACUAUUCCAUACGGACACUUUUGACAGUUCCAGUCGGAAACCAGUGGAUCAGUCGUCUGUCAUCAACUUUACAUCAACUAGACAAGAUAGUGGAGUCACGUUCAGAUGUGAAGCCCAUUUGGAUCUGAGUCCAGAUGGACCACAACUUUAUUUGACAUCACAGGAGUACAACGUUACAGUUUACUAUGGACCAGAAAUGCUAUGUUCUACUGUUGAGUUGCUAGAAGGGGAAACUAUAGAGAGUUACUGCCCCGUGAAAGGAAAUCCAGCCCCGAUUGUCACAUGGAAAAAAGAUGGACAGUCCACAGAACCUACCAUCCCUCUCAGCCGGGAAAAUGCAGGCUGGUACACUGUUGAGGCUGAAGGGAUUUCCUUUAUCAGAAAGAAUCUUCAAGUCUUAGUGCUAUAUGGACCAGAGCUGACAUGUCCACUCAAUUAUACAACAACGGAGUAUGCUCCUUUCAACCUUACCUGCAAAGUUGAAGGAUAUCCCAAACCUGAAAUUACCUUGUACAAAGACAACGAUGAGGUGGAACUUCCAGAGAACCUCACAAGAAGCGAUUCAGGACAAUAUGUCAUCGCUGCUUCAAAUCAGAACGACAUUGUCAACGUGACUGUAGAGAUAGUUGUCACAUACCCUCCAUCACAGAUACUGGAGCUGGAAGAUACCGAGGUUGCACGUGGUUCUACUGUUGCACUGAAGUGCUCCUCUAUGGGAAACCCACGACCAGAAUAUUCCUGGAAUUAUUACCGGACUGACAAUGUGGUGGAGGAAAAUGAAGAUGGAGUGUCUCGUCUGCUGAUCCUCAAUGCUACAGCGUCCAACAUGGGCACCUACACAUGUCAAGCAUCCAAUAUGGAAGGAAAUGUCUCUAAAACAGUCAGAGUCAGUGUAAAAGGUGCCAAGAUAGAAUGUCCUUUGGAAAUAAAUCCAGACCGGAUGCUGUUACAAUACCAAGGCAUGGAAAAGAACGUAACAUGCAAAACGCUAACCUCGUCUGAAAAUGUUCGUGAUCAAUACUGGCAGAUAUCAGGCAUCAGUAUCAGCAGGAAAGCAUGGACUCCUGACACCCAAAAUGACUGGGACCCAAGUCCUGCCUGUUUUGCAACAUUUGUUGGGAGAGAACCAUGCAACAAGUCUCUAAACUUCACUCUUUACAAGGAACCAGACAGUGUAUCCAUCAGGGUUUUGAAUAAUGAGAGCUCACCUGUGGAGGGCAGUGAUUGUUUUCUGAGAUGUGAUGUUGUCAACUUUGCGCCAGCACAAAGCCUCAGAGUACAAUGGUACCAAGGAAAUAAAACCAUGGAAGGACUGACAAAUACAUCGUCAAAGAUUCACUGUCCUUCAAGCAGUGCCAACUGUGACAUCAAUACGAUCAAGACCCCUGUCAAUAUGUCAUUUACCACCACUAUAACUCUGGAUAAAAAGCAUAAUGGAGCAGAGUUCAGAUGCAAAGCUGUGAUGGACCUGGAACUAGAGGACCCUCCAAACAUGACAUCCAGUCCUAUCAACGUCACUGUCCAUUAUAAGCCCGCCAUUAAUACAACAAAGCUCCCAAAGACAAUCCCAGUAUUCAGAGGUUAUCCUGAAGAGCUUGUCUGUGAAGCUGAAGGGAACCCACCUCCAAAGAUCCAGUGGCUCUCCAACUCAGACAAAGUACUUCAAGUGUCUGGAGGUGUGCUCACUGUUAAUGAAGCCGGCGUGUACAACUGUAAUGCUUCGAAUGACGUUGACUCCACCUCCCACGAGGUUGUGGUGAUUUUGAAAGAGGACUACCUGCCCCUCAUAGCUGGGUUUGUAGCCGUCACUGUCGUGGUCAUCUCCAUCGUCUUUCUCUUCAUCUACUCAAUAUACUACAAGAACACCAAGAUGCGUCACUACAAUCUUAAAAACCCCAAACUCAGCAUCCACAAUGGUAACGUAGCUCACAAUGGCUGGGACUCACAGUUUCCAAUGACCAAACUGUCUUAUCGGAAAUUAAAUGCAGCACGGCUAGUUUUACUUUCGGGACUUUCUAUGAAAGUAAAAGGCGAGACACAGCACGUACAAAUAGUACGGAAACACACAUUUGGAAAUAGGCUUCCUCGUUUGCAUAACUUCAUUCAGAAGUUUUCAUUUAUUUAUACGUGUACGUGUUUUGUGAAUUUCACGGAAAACAUGAUGUGGGUUAUUGUAUUCGGCGGAUUCAUGGCGUUAACAGGAACGCCUGUGGGUGCCCAGUGUCCGGUGAUGAUACAACCCAAUGUGCCCGUGGUGAAAUUUGAAGACCCCCUACUUGUCAACUGCACCUCAUCAACAGACCAGACAAAAAUUAUGGGCUGGGAGGCACCAUAUGGUGGCACACGAAAGGAAGAUGUUACUUCUGUACUGUUAAAUAUAACGUCUGCGUAUACAUGGGACUUAGGCCCUUUGUGCUACAUUACUUUUCUUGAUGGUACUCAGUGUGAAGAGGAGGUGCCAAUCACAGUUUACCAAAUGCCUCAGAGUGUGUCUCUGUCUCAGUCAAAUCAAGACAACCCCAUGGUGGAAGGCAAAAAGUAUCAGAUGCGGUGUGACAUUGUUAACGUCGCACCAUCAAGGAAUCUCUCUGUAUACUGGCACAAAGGAGAUAAAAUAAUACAUAUUGACACAUUUAGUAAUGUGUCCAGUUUACAACCUCUAAAUCAGUCAUCUGCGUUUGAACUGACAGCUGGAAGAGAAGAUAAUGGAAGUAGAAUCUGGUGUGAGGCAGCUCUGAACUUUGGGCCUUCAGGACCAGAUCUUCCCCCGAUGGAAUCAAAGUCACAUGACAUGAUUGUACAGUAUCCACCAACUUUCAUGAACCCUGAAGUGGAGGCAGUGGAGGUUCCAGCUGAUCUUAAAAUAAGCUUAAAUUGCACUGCAACAGGAAAUCCCUUGCCUGUGUACCGCUGGAGUUUGCCGCCAGCCAUGCAAAAAAUGAUGGCGAACCAACCUGUUCUGACUCUUUCGGUGCCAUUUGUAGGAACAUACAACUGCACAGCCUCAAAUUCCCAAGGCACCAGAACCAAAUCGUUCAUUGUCACCGAUGCUCCAAGGGAUCAAACAAUUCUUGCAGUUGUGAUUGGAGUACCGGCAGUCCUGGGAUUCGCUGCCCUCAUCACCGGCCUUUAUUAUGUGAAAUCUGAUGGCACAUUUUGCAGCAAACCCAGCUAUCAGCCUGCAUCAUCAGGAGCAACUAGGGGUUGCCAGAUCCAGCGUGAUCAUCUACUAGAAGGAGCUACCAUGGCAAGCAACGAGUCCUACACUGUAAUAAAUACUGGCUGGUCUCUUCACCCGGGCUUGGGCCACAGUCUCUUCACCAGGAGACCCUGGCCCUGGCCUGGUAAGAUUGUGGCCCGGGUGGGGGGGCCCUUUUGUUCCAACAUAGUUCCCUGCAGAGUUGCCAAGUUUGUUCAAGUUGGAAUUUUCUCUCCCUCGCUUCUUAAUCGAAAGCUCCCUGCAAAAAAAAAUAACAUGGAGAACAACUUUCUGAAACGGAUUGUGAUGUUUUGCAUGUUUUACACAGUGUCAGGUGAAGGCUGCUCCCUGGUUCUCAAGCCCUCCAGGGUAGUGGUGGGCUUCGGGGAACCAGUGACUGUGAGCUGUGAAGCCACUCGUCCAGUUCGCGUCCUGGGCUGGGAAUCGGCCAUCGGAGCUGCACACACUCAGCAGGACCUGUCCGUCCAGUGGAAGGUGGACAGCCUCAUUGACUGGAUUGAGGAGCCGAUCUGUUAUGGGGUGUUUUUCACAGCUCCAAGACAGUGUGAGGAGAAACUCAACCUUGUCCUCUUCAAAACCCCAGAUAGCGUCUCCAUCCGGCACGUGAACCACACUGGCCCCAUGGUGGAAGGAAAGGAGUACCAGCUGCUCUGUGAGGUUCAGAACAUCGCUCCUGUUCAGUACCUGUCCCUGAAGUGGUACCGAGGACAGACUGAGGUUUAUAACCACUCCUUCUCUGACCUCACAUCUUCCUCACCUGUCCAAGUCUCUUCUAUCCUUGUGAUCGUGCCAACCAAAGCUGAAAACGGAGCACAGUACAGGUGUGUAGCGGAGCUGGAGCUCGGACCAGAGGGACCACAACCACCUCCUACUGUGACCUCAGAGCCUCUUAAUGCCUCUGUAUACUUUCCCCCUUCAUUCAUCAGCCCUGAACCAGAAGUUGUGGACCUAAUAGAGGGCGCUGAAAUCAUCUUAAACUGCACCGCCACAGGAAACCCCACACCUGUGUACAGCUGGCAGUCCUCCCAUCCCAUGCAGGAUAGAUUUGAAGAUGAAGCUGUUGUCACCUCCUCUUCACUGCUUCCAGGGACUUACACCUGUACUGCCUCCAACACACUGGAGAAGAAAAGCAAACAGUUUAUUGUCAAGCCCAAGACCAAAGGCGUUUGAACCAAGCGAUGUUGAGAGGGAAUCAGAUGACCACAUGUGACAUACUGUACCAGGAUGAUUCAACUUAGGGGAUUUUACUUUUGCUGCUGAAUUGUCACAUUCAUCAGAUAUUUUCAUCAUAUACUGUAUUUAUGAGGAUCUUGUUGUCAGACUGAGUUUCAGAGAUUUGUUGAUAACUGUCAUUUAAUUUGUCAGUAUAUUAUUACAUUAACAAGUGUUGGUUUAGUAUGUAGUGUAUGUUUUUUGAGGAUAUUGCCUAAUUUAUGUUGUCUUUUGCUUUAGACUUAUUUUCCGUACAUAUUAAUUAAAUGUAGUUUUAAAAUAAAAUGCACACCAUAAAUAUAUGAUACAUUGUAAUAAAUGCAUUAAUGUAUGCUGGAAACUAAUACUGCAACUUUAAUACAAAUUUUAAAGAUCAGUACUGUAAAUAUGAACUUUUUCUUAAUUUGCUUAUCUUUAUGAAUAAAAGCUAAAUUA